UCGACCCGUCAACCAUUAGUCAGAGUCGUUGAUUACCGCAAGGCUCUCUAACUUUAGCUACAACCUCUUGAUAGUAUCAUCUUUGGGGUGUGUUGGCCGUUUUUAUUUAUUGUGUUAUUGGCCCAGGCGUUAUUUUUGUGCUCUAUUUUUUAUCGUUAAAGUCAAGCCGUUAUAACGAUGAACCGGCUGGUGAGAUUAUGCUUCGCUUGGGCCAACACCUUUCUGCAGGAUAACUAGCUAGGUGUGCCGGUCACUGUCUAGGAGCAUGUUCCCGUGAGCCCCUCCAUCUUCGAGUCAGCCAAGGGCGAUACACAACGUUCACGGCCGAAAUCAACAAGAUUGCUUUUGCCGCCUGUUUCUUUCUCUGUGCCUGUGUAAACUAUGGAGACCACUCGGGUGACUCUGGCUGUCAGAGGAGAAACAUCCCCAGGUGAGGUGAUUGCAGUUGUUGGCAGCUGUGAAGCCCUGGGAAGCUGGAGCCAUCAAAAAGCUGUGACCUUACAUCCUGAUGUCAAUGAUGGAAACAGGUGGACUACAACAAUCACUGUGCCUAAAGGAGUGUCCAAGUACCGCUAUUUUAAAGGCUUCAUUCUGGAACCAAAGCUCAUCAGCAGGAGGGGGGAAAAUCCACUGACUUUGAAAGAAUUUCAACCCAUGGUGGCUGACUGCCCCAGCUGGAGAUUGAGUGCAGGGGAUCCCUGUCAAGUGAUAGUCAAUGUGUGGGAGACCCAUCAACAACCCCGCACAAUGAGCCCCACAGGACCACACCUGAAUAUUGAUGAUGGACAAUUUGGAACACACAAUGGGGUGAAUUGUGUUGACUCCGGAUGGCUCACAUGCCAGACAGAGAUCCGGCUUCGUUUGCACUUUUCUCAGAAGUCUCCCGUAUCCAUCACUAAGAAGAAAUUCAAGAAGUCUCGCUUCAGAAUCAAGCUGACAUUGGAGGGCUUUGAGGAGGAGAUAGAUGAAGACGAGGAUGAGCUCAGUCCUACGUGUUGGCACAAGAUGACCACCACUCUGGAGAAGACCACCACUCUAGGGAUCAGUAUGAUCAGUGCCAACAGCUAUAAGUCGCGCCACUCUCAGCCUGAAUGUGGGUAUGGACUGGGGCCCUCUCAGUGGACUGAGUACAGUAUCCACACCAUGUACCCAGACAACCUAGAGCUCACCUUUGAGUUCUUUGAGGAGGAUAUGAGUGAGCAUGUAGUCCAGGGGGAUGCUCAUCCAGGAUAUGUGGGCACAGCUUGUCUCCUGUCCUCCUCUUUCUCUGACAAUGGUAUGGACAUCGGAGUAGCCACACUUCCAAUUAUGGCUCGGAAUUCCAGGCAGACUAUCGGGAAAGUUAGAGUGGAUUACCUUGUAAUCCGGCCGAUCCAGUCGUUUCAGUGUGACAUGAGCUCCUCCUUCACCAAAUACUGGAAGAAAAGAAGUACUCUGGAUGUGGGCCACAGAGGAGCCGGCAGCACACAUGCAGCCAAGCAUCAGAGAAUCAGGGAGAACACAAUAGCCUCAUUCAAAAGCGCUGCCAUGCAUGGUGCAGCCUAUGUAGAGUUUGAUGUUCACCUCUCCAAAGAUGCAGUUCCUAUUGUAUACCAUGAUCUGACGUGCUGCAUAUCCACCAAGAAGAAACAUGACAAGACGUCUCUGGAGCUUGUUGAGGUGCCAGUCAAAGAGUUGACAUUUGAUCAGCUGCAGCUUCUGAAGCUGGCCCACGCCACUGCAGUGAAAGAAAACGAUCACAAAGAUCUGGUGGACGAUGAAGAUGAAAUUGAUGAGCAUCAGCCAUUCCCUUCACUCUCACAGAUCUUCCAGGCCAUUCCUGAGCAUGUGGGCUUCAACAUUGAGCUCAAAUGGAUCUGCCAGAUGAAGGACGGGUCAUGGGAUGGCAACCUAUCAUCCUACUUCAACAUGAAUAAAUACCUCGACAUCAUCCUGUCCUGUGUUCUGCAGAAAGGCGGAAAAAGACGCAUCGUCUUCUCCUGCUUCGACCCGGAUAUCUGCACCAUGGUGCGUCAAAAGCAGAACAAGUACCCCAUUCUCUUCCUGACUCAGGGAAUUUCAGAGAAGUACCCAGACAUGAUGGACAUCCGCUGCCAGACCACACAGAUCGCCAUAAGUUUUGCCCAGAGCGAGAAUAUUCUGGGGAUCAGUGCCCACGCUGAGGAGCUGCUCAAAAACCUUUCCUACAUUGGGGAUGCCCAGUCUAAAGGCCUGGUGGUGUUCAGCUGGGGAGAUGACAACAACGAGCACGAAAUCAGAAAGAAGCUGAGAGAGCAGGGCAUCGAUGGGCUCAUCUACGAUAGUAUCUGUGAGGAGCAAGGAGAGCAGCCAAACAUCUUCAAGGUGGAAGAGCAGCACACCCUUCAGGAGGUUAUUACAGAGGAGACCCUAAAGAGUGCCAGCUGCUCCUGCUACUCCAUUCCCUGCUCUGUGGCUCCCUGCAUUAGCUCCAAGAGCUGCUCUGGCAGCGGAGAGUCAGAUUCUGGCCUCAGCUCCUCGUAAAGAUCCCUAAACCUCAAUGGACCACACCGCAGAAUACACACCCAAUAGGCUCUUGAGUGGGUAUGUGCAGUAAAGUCUUGGAGGACCAAGGUGGGAAUGGAUGA